AUAGGAUUAGGUCGAAGACCUGAAGACCUCUCUGCUGAGCAGCAUCGACUUGCUGUGAAAAUGAAACCCUCCUUUUUGGAAUACUUAAGCUACCUUCUCAAUUUCAUGAGUGUCAUAGCUGGCCCUUGUAACAAUUUCAAAGACUACAUAGCCUUCAUCGAGGGGAGACAUACACACAUGAAGUUGCUGGAAGUGAAUUGGAAGCAAAAAGGUUUCCACGGCUUGCCAGAACCUUCUCCCACUGGAGCUGUGAUACACAAGUUGUGCAUUACCUUGGUGUCUCUUCUUUUGUUUUUGACAUUCACGAAGACCUUCCCUGUCACUUGCCUUGCUGAUGACUGGUUUGUCCAUAAAGCAAACUUUCUGACUCGACUGUGCUACUUGUAUGUUGUCAUGCAAGCCUCAAAGCCCAAGUAUUACUUUGCGUGGACAUUAGCUGAUGCAGUGCAUAAUGCAGCUGGCUUUGGGUUCAGUGGAGUGGAUAAGAAUGGAAAUUUCUGUUGGGAUCUACUUUCUAAUCUAAACAUCUGGAACAUUGAGACUGCCACAAGUUUCAAAAUGUACUUAGAAAACUGGAAUAUUCAGACAGCUACUUGGCUAAAGUGCGUGUGCUAUGAGCGGGUUCCACAGUACCCCACGGUGCUAACCUUCAUCCUGUCUGCUUUGUGGCACGGUGUCUACCCUGGGUACUAUUUUACCUUCUUAACUGGAGUCCUUGUCAGAUUCGCAGCUAGAGCGGUAAGGAACAACUACAGACAUUACUUCCUUUCUUCAAAAGCUCUCAAAGCUAUUUAUGAUGUGGUCACCUGGGCUGCCACUCAGCUGGCUGUCACUUACACAGUCGCACCUUUUGUCUUGCUGGCUGUCGAACCAACUAUCAGUUUAUACAAGUCCAUGUACUUUUAUUUGCACAUCAUUAGUCUCCUGAUAAUACUAUUUCUGCCAAUCAAACCACAAACUCAUACUCAAAGACGGCUUCAGACUCUGAACUCUGUUGAUAAGAAAAAAACAGAUUGAUACCUCCAAGAAAAAGUGAACAAGUAAAAACUGCAAAACAUUGGAAAGAGGAGACAAAAAGGCUCGAGGGUUUUCCUGUGACUUAGAGGCAAUGUUUACAUGCAUCUUUUUUUUUUUUUUAAGUGCAGGGAGUAUUUUUACAAAGCC